AUGGGAGCUUGUGUGCGCAUCCUCGCUGGCGCCUAUGACCCUACUUGUUCAGUUUACUUCAAGGCCUUCACCGACAAAAAUGAGGAUGGGUUUCCGGUGAAGCCUUUGUUUCUUUACCAGCACAGGGAGGAGGAUGUAGUCACCAUGGACCUCUCAAGAGAAGGCCAGCUACUGCACAGCAUGGGAGGAUGGCUUGCCUUGCAAUCUCAGGCUAUUACAUAUCUGUUCCUGUCCGAUUUCUGCGAGCAAAUGCUUCGUCUGGCGGAGGAGAAGACGAUUGAUGAUCCACUCAACAGCCUGACACAUAAGCAAAUUCUGCACAUGGAGACAACAGCGGCAAAAACCAUCAAAAGGAUCAGAGGAGAUACGCAAAUCGAAACUUUGGACGACAUAGAGGCCAUCCGACAAUAUGAGCCGACUCCUGAUGGUACGGACAUUCAGAGAUAUGAGGAGCUGCUCAUGACACAAAAACAUGAAGCAGAGCAGCAUGUCAGCAUCCUAUUCGAUGACCCGGAUUAUUUCGCCAGGGCGAUCAUUGAGGAAAAGGAGCACCACUGGACCAAUCUGUCUGUCGGAUACGAUAACAUCAAGCCAGAUCAGCUUAUUCAAGACUACGCUGACAAGCCUUCUUUGCGCCACAUCCUGUAUCUCGACUGCAUGAGGACUGUUCUUCAAAGAGCCUUCUUUGAGUUUUUCAUCUGGGAUGCGGUUUGGAGUGCUCUUGACGAACUGAAAAGAUACGAAAGUUUUAUGAGUCUUAAACCAUCUGAAAUAAGAUAUAUUGGAGGUGGCAAGUCACGUAUCAACCUUAGGAGCCGACUCUCAGAAGCCGAAGAGGAAGAAUACCUGAACAACCAGAGACAAGUCCAAUUUCUAUUGCGACAAGCUGCAACAUUUUUCGUAUUCGAAUUUCGCAAAAAGGCGAUUCACGCAGCCUCAUCACCCAUGCGCGACACUUAUUGCAUUCCAAAUGACGCUAAUAAACCAAGCAGACUGCCCGAAUCAUAUUACACAACCCCAGACAUUAAGCUCAACUUCCGACAUCAGGCCUCAAACGAGGAAAGGUCGCAGAUACCCCGUAUGGUUCUUGAGAUGAUAGAGAACUUCAUUUCCAACGAAUCGUCAUCGGUCCUCGUUCAAGGCACAAUCAAGGGCUUGAAUAUACUAUCAGAAAUCGUUGAUCACAUGGAUUACCAUGAGCCAGAUGCUUUUCAAAAUUUAGGACGUAAACUUGAUAUGAAGCUCCAUCUCAUCUUCACCGAAGAGCUGAAGAACCAGAAUUCCUACGAUCUUCUUGCUUUGGACGGUUGUGCUUUUGGACCACUACAUGUGCCGACAAAGCGAAUGGCACGAAUUUACAGUUAUCUCGACGAGAUCCAGGGGAUAGGAUCUCGCAAGGAGAAAUCCUAUGGUCAUGCGAGAGGUGACAUUAAGCGUUUUGGUUCUUCUCUCCUGAAAGGCUUGAUCUUCCCUCUCGCUCGAAUGGACAAACACCUCGUAUACAAUACAGGAUUCGGAAUGACGUUCAAGGCCUCAGAAGCAGCCCUCGAGCGUCUUACACGACAUAUGAAAAUCUCGGAAGAUCAGUGGCCUUUCUACGCUGACGAAAAGCCAUUGGAAAUUCUGGAUGAGGUCAACAAAGCCAAUCCUAAGCAUUAUCAAGGAAUAUGGCAAGACCUCAAAGACGCUAUGAGGGAGUUGAACAAGAAGAACCAAAAGAAGCUGAAGAAGCCUUGGAACAAUAGUUCGAAGUCAGCGAAUGCGUUUGACUUUGUGGCUGAUGAGGUCAAGCUGGCCGAAGGUAUGGAGGUUAUUUCGAAACGCCGGAUGCGCGACUGUGUCACGAAGAGGAAGAUCAAGAAAAAUGCAGUUGGCACGAGGCGCAAACAGCAAGAGGCGGCUAGACAGCGUGCAGUGGCAGCAAACAAUGUGGUGAUGCAAGAUGCAAUCGACCAGAACGCUGCACCAGACGCUGCACUACCACCAGAGGUCCAAGACGAGCCCGAGGAUGUCGAGGAGACGAUUCAGCCAAUGGACAUCGAUGCAGAGGACGAAUUAGAACUAGAAGAAGAACCUGAGCCGCUGCAGAUCAUUGCACCAUCUCCAGUUGCUCGGGAUUAUGGCCCCAGACUUCCACUCAACAAAGGCUGCUGGGAAACGUGGGACACGAUCCUUUCUGAUAAAUCUGGCAUCAAACCAAAGGUUACAUACAAAAACCUUGAGAAUGCUCUCAAUGCGAUUGGAUUCGAGCCAAAGUCAAAAUCAGGCUCCCACCUUACGUUCAGCUAUAAGCGUGGAUUCCCGCCUUUGAGGGGCGUAACUGGCCUCACGGUUGUCAAGCCUCAUGGGAGUAUAGGAGAGAGUUCAAACGUGCCCCCACCCAUUUUGAGCAAUUGGAGAUAUUACAUCAAAGAACGGGGGUUGACCUUGGAGAAAUUAGAGGAAAGGUUUAGUAGGUGA